UCUUGUGUGUGCCUCUCACAGUCAUUUGUUUGCUUUCCUCUCUCCCAUUUUCAAGCUGAACAGCCAAUCAGUUGAAUUGCCAAAGUGUGGGACACACCACACAAACUAUCGUAAGGUCCUGACACACCAAGGCAACCGUCGGCCGUCAGCAACUGUCGCCUUGGUGUGUCAGGGCGUUAUGAUACUCUGCAGAACCCUCAGGCUCCCAGGCUUCUGGUAGACGUCAAAGCUUGACCGCCCAGGAUGGAGCGAGUGGAGAUUUCUUUUUCUUUUUUUAACAUACCCUCCUUGUCCUUACAUGAUGGUUCCUCCCCUCACCCUGCCUCCUCAUCACUUAGCAGGUCAUCACUUGCGGCCAUCUUCCUUAUGUACUCCUGGAUCUUUGUUGUUUUAUCCUAGAUAGUUGCUUUGACACUAAAUAGGCCUUGGCCACCCUACUUCCGCUUGGUGUAUAGUCUCAGCGUGCUGGACUUAGGGUGAAACCUUCCAUGGUGAGGAGCGUUCUUGUCUUGAUAUCAGUAGCCUCUAUCUCUUCCUUUGGCCAGGUUAUUAUACCAGCUGGGUAUCUAAUGACUGGCAGUACAUAUGUGUGUUGAUGGCUAGGACCUUGUUCUUCCAAUUCAUUCGACUCCAAUCCAAUGACUCUUCUCUCCUACCUUACCCUGUGAGAGCUGAGCAGUAACCAUGGCCUUUCCCAAGCAUUCCAUCCUGCAGGCUCUGAGUGUGCUGCUCUUGGCCUGGAUGUUUGUGCAUUGCCAGGCCCCUUUUAAACCAGAGGAAGAGGAGGAGGAAGAGCCAUUAAAGGAGAGCGACACUGGAACAGUGGUGACGAAAUCUGAGCCGCUUGAAUGUCCGCCAGAGUGCAGCUGUACGGCCGAAGGGGCAGUAGACUGUGCUGGAGUUGACCUCACAGAGUUCCCUGCCGAGCUGUCUGACAAAACUCGCCAGCUCUCUCUUCAGAACAACAAAAUCGAGAAGAUAACAGUGGAGCACAUUUCCCAUCUGCACCAGCUUGAGACUCUCAACCUUCAGAAUAACUUGCUUACCACAGAUGGCCUUGAAGAUGAAGGUUUUGAGAUGCUUGAACAGCUGAAUUAUUUAUACUUGGCAAAUAACAAGCUCACCUCAGCACCAAAAGUCCUACCACCCUCUUUGGUUAGUGCUGAUUUUGCUGCCAAUAAGCUCACAAGGAUUUACCUAUAUACAUUUGGCCAUAAACCAAAACUGAGGUCUGUGUAUCUCCAUAACAACAAGCUGAGUGACGCAGGGCUUCCUGAUCAUGCGUUCAAUGGUUCUGACAACCUGGAGAUCCUAACCAUGUCCAGCAACUGCUUGGGAGUUGUCCCGAGGAACCUUCCCUCCAGCCUUUAUCGUCUUCAUCUCAAGAGUAACAAGCUGGAGAAAAUCCCAGCGGGGGCCUUUGACAACUUACCAAACCUCAGAGAGCUGUAUCUCCAGAACAACCUUAUCAGCAAUGAGGGCAUGGACAAUGAGACUUUCAGCCAACUGAGCAGCCUGGAGUGUCUAGACUUGUCAAAUAACAACCUGAGCGUCGUACCCAAGGGUCUGCCUCGCAAUCUAGUGCUGCUACACCUGGAGAAGAACUCCAUCCGUAGCAUCCCUGGAGACGCUCUAACUUCUGUCCGAAACCUUGAGUACCUGCUUCUUCACAAUAACAAGCUGCGCUCACGUUCCAUCCACCCGACUGCCUUCCAGGGCUUGAAGAAAUUGCACACUCUUCACAUGUACAACAACUUGCUAGAGCGGAUUCCCAGGGGCUUGCCUAAGCGGGCCAAGACACUAAUGAUGCUACACAACCUUAUUACCGAAAUUGGCCGUAAUGACCUGGCCCUGCUGUACACCCUGACCGAACUCAACCUCAGCUACAACAAGCUGACAAGCCCCAAGCUGCACCGUGAGGCGUUCAGGAAGCUGCGUGUUCUGGAAACCCUGGAUCUUUCAGGGAACAGCCUUCAUUUGAUGCCCCUUGGCCUUCCACGCAGCCUGCAGGUGCUUGAAAUCAAGAACAACCACUUGAACUCCAUACCAGAAGGUGCACUGAUGGGCAUGGAGAAGCUACGAAAGCUCAUCUUGAGCGACAACCAGCUGAAAUUGAAUUCAGCCUACCAGGGAGCCUGGAUGGAGCUCAGUGCGCUCACAACGCUGGACCUGUCUGGCAACCAGCUGUCACAUAUUCCCUCUGACCUGCCUGAGUCUCUGGAGUACCUUUACCUGCAAAGUAACCACAUCUCUAGUGUUCCUGCUUCAGCAUUUGAAGGCACUCCAAAUAUCAAAGGCAUCUUCCUCAGGUUUAACCGCCUGUCUGUGGACUCUGUGGACGAGAGCUCUUUAGCGCACCUGUCCAACUUGCAGGUGCUGGACAUCGGCACAGGAAACACUGACCUCCCCUUUAAAAGAGAAGAGAUGGAGGAGGAACAGGAAACAUAAGUUGUGCUAAUGCAUUGGACUGCAUUGUGUCAAGGAAAGAAUACGCUUUUAAAAGGGAAUGAACCUGUGAAUGUCAUCUUCCAGGCCCAUUAUUGUAUUGUGCUGAGUGGUAGAGUUACAUAUUUCUGGUGCAGGAUACCAGAUGAAGUUACUUUAGUUCCAUUUUUGGGCUGGUUAGUAUAGCAUAUCUUUACAGGCUUAAUAUGUCUUAUAAUUGUGUUUUUGUGCUUUAUUUUAAAAAAUACAUUCACAGAAGUCAAACUGAAUUUUUCCAUGUAAAUGUUUCAGAACCACAAAUUUAAGCAGUGUUGUCGGAUCAACAAUCCAAAAAUCUCAUUUCAUUUGUGAUGAUAUAGAAAAGAAAAAAAUACAAAAAAACAAAACCUCACAUUUGAAACGCUUUAAAGUUCAACAAUCCUUAAAUGGGCUAAAUAUGACAUUCAAAAUAUUAUUAUAGCAGCAAACAACUAUUUUCUAUGUAAAAACAUAGUGGAUUAAUGUCCUGAGCAGUGAAUUAAGUCAUCCUCCCUCUUUGUGUUGUAA